AUAAUGCAAGAAGUAAAUCAAACCACAGUGACUAAGUUCAUUCUCACUGGGUUAACAGAGAAUCCACAGCUCCAGUUGCCUUUAUUCCUCAUCUUCCUAGGAGUCUAUUUGAUUACAAUUGUGGGAAACCUGGGCAUGAUCAUCUUGAUUAUGUUUAGUUCUCAGCUGCACACACCCAUGUAUUAUUUACUCAGCAGUCUGUCCUUUAUUGACUGCUGUCAGUCCACAAUCAUUACUCCCAAAAUGCUGGUGAACUUUGUGACAGAGAAGAAUGUCAUCUCCUACCCAGAAUGCAUUGCUCAGUUCUAUUUCUUCUGUGCUUUUGCUGUUGCAGAAUGUCACAUGUUGGCUGCAAUGGCAUAUGACCGCUAUGUGGCUAUCUCUAACCCUUUGCUUUACAAUGUAACCAUGUCCUUUCAAGUCUGUUUGCAAAUGGUAGCUGGUGUAUAUGGUAUGGGCUUACUAAGCUCUACAAUUCACACUGUCUUCCUGCUAAGAGUGUUUUUCUGUAAGGCUAAUAUAAUAAACCAUUACUUCUGUGAUCUUUUCCCAUUACUGGAGCUCUCUUGUUCUAGUACUUUUAUUAAUGAAGUAUUAGCUCUGUGUUUCAGUGCAUUUAACAUUAUUACACCAGCUGUGACCAUCCUUAGCUCUUACAUCUUCAUCAUUGUCAGCAUCGUCCACAUUCAAUCUGCUGGAGGAAGAUCCAAGGCCUUCAGCACCUGUAGCUCCCACAUUUUGGCUGUUGUUGUCUUCUUUGGUUCUACAGCUUUCAUGUAUCUUCAGCCAUCGUCAGUCAAUUCUCUGGGCCAAAGUAAACUAUCAUCUGUGUUUUAUACCAUUGUUGUGCCUAUGUUGAAUCCCAUGAUCUAUAGUCUCAGAAAUAAGGAUGUCAAAGUUGCCUUUAAAAGAUUACUAAAAUAUGUGUUUGCUCUUAACAAAGAAUAA